AGUGGAGUCUUUCUUCAGUAGAUGAUGCACAUGUACAGUUGGAUAGUGAUUCAGUAGAUUAAGGAAAAGAAGAAAAACUGUCUUAUUCUGAAAGGUUGGGUAUUUGCCAGGUUUCAUGGUUACCUAAUCCAUCAUCAUCUCCACCAUUAGCAGUCCACUCAUCUCACCAUCAUUCCUGUAAUCCAUCUGGUUACCAUGGUAAUAAUCAGCAUGUGAUGUAAUAUAUGUCCGAUGGGGCAAGUGUGCCCAGCCAGUACUCCAUCCCAGCAGUAUGUACCUACUAACUGCCAAGGUGUCUCCACCAGUACAACCUAUGUAAAGAGAAAGAUUGAGACGAAUCAGCCAUGUGUGGAAUCCCGACUGAUAUCACGAGGGGCGUCGUGUACUCAAGAUGAUAUAAGACGCUCACUUAGGAAGGAGAAAGAAUUGCAGAAAACGUCCCUAAGAUCCAGCAAUAUAUCAGAGGGCAAUAAAGAUGAUGAAUGUCUGCAUCCCAAGCACAGGCAUUCAUCACGAUCCAUUCAGAAUCCAAGCAUUGAAAGACAUAGACCUGAUGGUCAAGACUCACUCAGGAACAAAGAACAUCGGGAGAAAGACAGGAAAGGAAAGAAACAUCGGCAUCACAAGCAUGGGCAUGAUGAUGCCCUCCAAGUAAUCCGAGAUGAAUUUGAACAGUUUGAGCGCACACAUCAUCAUGAAGCACAAAGAAACCAUCAAUACCAUAAAACGCAUUUACUUCAUCAAAAAGGUGCAGUAUUACAUGUAGAGUCACAUGUUGUAGCCAAGCAAGAAGUGUCAACAAGACAACAAAAUAAGCAUGAUCCCCAACAUCAUCAACAUGAUAAGGUUGUUCGGCAAGAGAAUGAAUUCAAAAUUGCCGAAGUGAACAGAAAAGAGCGUGAUAAAUUCAGACAUAGUCCUCAUGUUGCGUACAGCUCCCAGAAUGAACAUAAUGCCAAAAUUAGUGCAAGAAAGAACCAUCUGCCAAACAAUAGUCAGAGCAUAAGGUCUUCUGAGAAAUUGCAGAAAGAAUGGUCUAACAGAAUGGAGGCAGAUUCUUCAAGAAGUUCUAUGAAAACAAAACAAAAAGAGAAAUCAGCUAGAGGGUCACAAAGAACAAGAAAACUAGAAGAUCCUGUUUAUAGUUUACCUCCCAUUAUCAAGUAAUUAAAAAGCACAAAUAUAUUACCUUGAAAGUAGUAUGCUUUGAUCAUCGGUUAAUUUGCAUUAUUCAUAUUACAACUCAAAAGAUACAUCUAUGAGGUAUUAAAGGUCAAGUCUACCCCAGAAAAAUGAGAAGAAAAAAAAAAAAAAAUUUCACAUAAUGAUAUGCAAAAUAAAUAAUGAGUGGGUGAUGUCAUCAUUCCCCUUAAUUUGCAUAUCGACCAGGAUGUGCAUAUAAUUGUUUUGUAAAAUUAAAUGAAACUUUAAAAUUGUGUAACUUUGUUAUCGACAUCAGAUUUUGAUGAAAAUUUCAGUUUUGUGCUUCUUUUAUUUUUUUUUAUUUUUAUUCAAAUCAACUUUUAGUUGGGGUGUACUUGCCCUUUAAGGGUUAUGAUAAAAAAUUAUAUUUGUCAGACUAAAGUAAAGGAGGACUGAGACAGUAUUGAAGACAGCUAUCUUCAUCAGAAAAGAGUUCACAUUAAAAAUACAUUUGCUGCACACUAAUUGAUCCAACUAGAUGUAAUUUUUUAUAAACAGAUUGGAGUUUUUCAUUUUGGAAAUUCAAGUAUUCUACUUUGAUGCAAGCCUUGUGAUCAGAUUAAAGUCCAAAUGGACUUCAAGUUGCAGAUGAUGUCAUGACGAUUUGGAAUUGAUUUUGCUUUUAAUCUUAAAAGGAGUCUGGAAAUAGACUGGAAUUUCAAUUUUAAUAUCCAUACCAUUAUUCAGUACUUUGAUCAUUAAGUUUUUAUAGGUUGGAAACUUGGAAUGUUCAUAUCAAAUGUAAUGACCAUUUCUUUGAAAAUUGGAUCACAACAGAUCUAAAGUCCUUCCACUUCUUUGAUUUCUUGGCUAAAGAAAAAUUGCUGAAUUCACUUACUUCCACCAUGAUUAGCAGGACAUUUGAGUGUGUAUGAAAAGUUAGAUUUUGUUCACAUCCAUCUCUUGCAACACUUUAAAAACUGUAAUAAUUCAGAAAAAGGUACUAGAAGUUUAUGAUUACAGUUGCCAUACUAUAGUCUUAGUGUAAUUGAAUUAUUGCUGGGUUUUUUUUUCCUCACUUUUUUUUUUCAUUUCAUUUUUAAAAAUGGGGUCCAGUGUAAUUGCAAAAUAGUGAUUGAAUUCAGGGAAAUUCCAUAAGACAAUCAUCCCUUUGGUAUGCCCAACCCUUAUUUUUCUAAUUGCUCUUUGUGAACUGCUUGUUUCUAAUGAUAAUUUUAGAGCAUUACAGCUUUUCAUAUGAACAAGAAAGUAGGGACAAGCCAUUUCUAGGUCACACAUACAGGGGUUGAGAGGGUUGGAGGUACAUAGUUUAUGGAAUUGCCCUUCAUUAUUGUUAUGAGCUGUGACAAGAUGAACUUUUCCAAGUGUUUUACACACCAAAGACUAAGAAAAUUAUUUGUAAUUUAAUGCUGAAAUUCAAAUCCCAGUACAAUCAUUAUGCAAUAUAUACAUGUAUGUCCUUCACUGUAUGUAAAAAUGUAUUCAAUUUUCAUGCAUAUAACUACAUAUAUCAAGGAAUUUGAUAUUAAAUAUAUAUGUGAAUGUUUUCCACAACUGAAAUUUAAUUUCAAUCAUAUUUCUGUUCAUAAUUACAUAUCACAGAAACUGAAAUUCAUUUAAUUUAAAUUCCAUCCUUUCAAUACUUAUUAAGAUAUUUAUUUUAUUUGAUAUAAAUAUUAAGUAUUAAUAUCAAGGGAUAUUUAUAAACCAUCAAACUAACAGUGUUUAUUACUAGCCAUUCUUGCCCACUAUAAAGAAUUAUGUUCAUUUAUCAGUUCAUGUACAUACAGAUUCAUGUAUCUUACCAACUUUAUUGCAACAAAACAUGGUAUUAAUUGUUGUGUUAUAAUUUUGUGGUAUUUUACUUGAUUUUUAAAAUAUUGAUCCUAAGGUUUGUAUUGUUUCAAUAAACUACAGUGUAGCAAGUAGUUUCCCAAAACAUCACACUGACCACUUUAGACAAGCUGAAGAUUUUUUUACUUGUACUUCUCAAAACAUGUCAGAAACAAAUAUAAACAAAAAAUGAGCUGAAUAAGAGGGCAUGAUAGAUUUGACACUCUGCUUGUGUUUUUUUUUUUUUUUUUAAUUCUUACGUUUUGUGAAUAGCAAGUAAAUAAGCUUCAAUCUGUAAUUAGUGUUAUGCUAAAAUUCCAUUAAAUUCAACCAUCAAAAAUAUUUUGUGGUACUACCAUUCAUCUUAUCAGUAGCUUCACAGUUUUUCACUUUAUGUAGGCCUAUAUAAAUUUAGGAAGAUAGAUGCAAUAAUGCUCACAGUUUGCUACAUAUUUUAGCUAAAUUAUUUGUUCUUGCUAUUGAUAGAUGACUGUAGAUGUUUGUAUAUACAAUGUCAGUGUAAAUUCUUUUUAGCCUCUUAUUAAGCCAAAUAUUAAAUGGCUAUCCUGCCAGUCACAGAUGGUGAAUUUGAUUUGGAAAAAAAAGGUUUAUUAAAAUCAAUUUUGAUAAGAAUUUCAUGUUUUAUCAAAAUCUUAUCAAAUUUUGACUUAAUAUAAGUAAAUACACAUGCAUUGCAUAAUAUAAUCUGAAACUUUGCUUCAACUUUGGCAAUGAAUAGACUUACUGAAGGUUGAAUAGUACUGCAGACUGCUAAAUCAUGAAAUGACAAUACAUGUCUCUUGAUCAUCAUUCCAUGUUGAUCUCCAAACUGGCAUUAUUUCAAUAUAGCAUAUAGUUUUAAAGAUAAUUUCCCUAUGUUUUGAAAAAAAAUAUCAAAUUUAUUCCUUAUCUUUAAAGGUACAGCUCAAGAUAUAUCACUGAAAAUAUCACAUUUUUAUUUCACAAAAAUAUAACAUAAAAAUAGACCUCAUGAUGAAUAUAUUGCCUUUUAUGUAUGAAGCAUCUGAAUUGAUCAAGCUUUUUCAAUCUUAGCCAAAUUAUACCCUUUAAUUGAAUAUAUGUAAACAAGACCCAGAUGUGGUGUGUAUAAUGUCAUCUCUUAGAGCAGUUAAAUGUGCAUAUAUUGAGUGCUUUUACUCCAGUCGUGCAUUGCAAAAUACAUGUGCUUCAAAGAGCAAGGAAACUUUGGCUAGUAAUAUUUAUGAUGUAUGUACUUGUGAGAAAUGGCCGAAUCUCAUGUAAAAGAUUUAUGUUGAGUGUACUAAAUACUUCUUACUACUGUACAUAAAACAUUUUUAUGUAUAAUAUUUGAAAUUGGAGUUUGUCAGACCAGCACUUUUUAAUGACAUUCUUACAUUAAAAAGCAUUCGCACUUCCAUUUGCAAUAAAUUUCAGUCAUUAAGAUAUAAUUGUAA